AUGAAUUGCAUUCUUUCGCUCUUAUUCGUUUCGUAUAUUCCUCUUUGCUUAUCUGUUGGUAUUUAUCAGCAGUGUGGUGGGGAAGGCUAUAGAGGAUCAACCACUUGCGAUUGGCCUUUGAAAUGUUUCCGUCGAUCUCGUUGGUUCUCUUCAUGUCAAACCGGCUGUCCAGGUGGUGAUUGGCAAUGUGUAACUGAAACAAGUUCUUCAACAGGCUCUGGUCUUGCAAAGGGGUGGGAUCAAUGCGGAGGCGAAGGAUGGAAAGGGCCACGAAAUUGUGCGCAAUAUCCUUGUCAAUGGCGUUCCAAAUGGUAUGCCCAAUGUCGACCCGAUUGUCCACCUAGAUGGAUGUGUCAAACAGGUGCAAGUUCGACAGUGCCCUUCACUACGCAAACAACUACGGAAUCCAACCUCGUAACUCCUCAACUCCCAUCAGAAAACUCCUCAGAAGAAACUAGUUCAUCACUAGAGAUUAUUGAUGGUUUAGAUACAGCCACGCCCGACCUCAUAUUGGAAAAUUCAUCUGAAUACGGCGAUUUAUUAGUUGAAAUCACUGAUGACAUGACAUUGAACUUUUCUAUUGGCGAAUCUGAAGUCAGUUUUGGUCGUCAUAUUGCUGCUCAAAUGCUGGGUAGUGCUAUUUACGACCACGAUAUUCAUCCUCUCGAGCUGAUUGAAAGUCCCGAUCCGUAUGAUAUAGUAGUCGAACACAUAAUCAAUCUCGCUGAAGAACAAGAGCCCGGUAUAAUGGCACGAUUUGGUGCUGCUCUUCUUGUCGAGAGUACUGAGGAACGUAUUGAAGCAUGGGAGAAUAUGCGUGAGCGAUUGGAUGCAAUCUCCGAAAGUCCUGAACUCAUUUCAGUUCUGCUACAAGAUCCCUUACUAAUUAAUUAUCUACCAUCAGACAAUCUCUCAGAGGAUCUGCGCAGUAGAAGUGUCAACACACGUACGAGUAACAAUGUGUGCUAUCCAGAAAUUCCCAAUAUCGGUAAAGUGAACGGUUUAUACGGUGAUGGCAAACCAACUGUCCAUGAUGCAGAUGAUAUAUUGAUUGGUGUUUCGCUGGUCGUGGCUAGAUGGGAGACAGUCAAAGAUCUCAUCCUUAAAAGAGCUGCUGUUCUAGAACGCGUUGAAACUGGAAAGGUAAAAGUUGAUCCAGAAUCGCGACUUGGUGCAUAUUACGCCACUCGUGAUAAUGGUUACUGUACAGUUGGCCAUUCGGUACAUACGCUGAUCGGUGCUCUCUACCUAGUACUCGGCGAAGCUGGCGAGGAAAAAAUUGGUCGCGUCUUUAAUCAUCCACUUGUCAAGCAGCUCUACUCCGACCCGAUCACGUCCUCUUCCAAUAAAUGUAUGGGUGACGUUGAAGAACGCUACUGGCAGAAUGUAAAAAAGGAAGACAAGCAUUCAUUUGGUGGACGUGUAGGUUCAUGGUUUACACCUGCUGAUCGUAAAAAAAUACAAAGUCGUGUCGGCUUGCUUUUUUGUAAGCUCUUUGGUAAAUAA